GAGAAGGAAACUGCGACCCUUACGACACGUGCUCAUCGCAUCGUCAUUGUACCUGACAUGUUUCCAAGUAUACAGAUUUCCAAAUCAUCUAUUCGCAGCCUAUAGAAUUGAAUCGCUGUUUUGUUUCACUCUCUACCUAAACAACAACAAUAACAUCAUGUCGUCUCUGUUGCCAUCACAAUCACCAGGAGCUGUUGUGUUGGCAGCUCAUAUUAAGAAACUCAAGACUCUUAAGAAAAAGUUCUUUGUACUAAGAGCUGAAACUCUAGGCCAUCCAGCCUGUUUAGAGUACUAUGAUAGUAAAAAGAAAUAUGAGAGCAAGCAGCCACCUAAGCGUAGUAUCUCCGUAUGCAGCUGCUUUAAUAUCAAUAAGCGCAGGGAUACCAAACAUAAGCACGUUAUAGCCCUCUAUACCAAGGAUGACUGUUUUUGCUUGGUACUUGAUCAUGAAAAAGAUCUGGAAGAGUGGCUCAAUGCGCUCUUGCUGUUACAGAAUGGUGAUCAACCAGAUGGAGAACAGCCAAGACCAACAUUUGAACACAUUUGGCAAGUUAGUAUGCAGAAGAAAGGACUUGGCGAACGAAAAAAUAUUAAUGGACCUUAUAGACUAUGUCUUACGGAUCGUGUUUUAAGUCUAGUUAAGCUAGGAGCUGAUGAUAAAUCUGAUUCCAUCGAAUUUUCUUUGAGUUGUAUAAGACGGUCUGGAUGUAUGGACCGUAUCUUUUAUAUGGAAGUAGGACGUUCUGCUGUUACUGGUGGUGGGGAGUUUUGGAUGGAGGUUGAGGAUAACAAUAUAGCACAAAAUAUGCAUCAUGCCAUCAACAAUGCUAUGACUAAUUCAAGUUCUGUAAAAGAUGAUGGCCCUCGGCAAAGAAUGCGCAGUUCUUCUGCCAAUGAAGCAAGUAAACCAAUUUCUGUUCUUCAAAGAAGACAUACUGCACAAAAAUUACAUAGUUUCUCACCCUUGGAAGAACAGAGGAUGCACAAGGAACAAGUGGAACCAUUACAAGAACAGAACGUCACAGCAUCUGCCCCCUCACAGAGUAGUCAAUCAAAGACUACCUCUACUUCCAAUACACAUAUGGUUGCCGUUGGUCUAAACGAGAAAAGAAUCGUGGGCACAAUCAUCUGUACUAAAAGCGGCGCUGUCAUUACGAAUACACGUCGACAUUCGGUAGCAAGUCAUCCACUCCCUUACAACAAUAACAAUAUUUCCCAAUUCAUUUAUACCAAUACAACAUCGUCAUCGAGUACAACAAGCACUACCACAACCGCGACAAUAUCCCAUCAGAGAACCCUGUCGCUGCCCCUAGCCGCUGUUAUCAAUCAAAUGCAAUCAUCUAAAAGACCCGUGUUACGCUGUGUACCAGCGGUACGAGACAGGUGUGACAGCUUACCUUCAAGAGCACGGACGACGAGUGAAGGCAACCCAAGCAAUAUCAGCGCAAUGACUAUUAUCGCUGUUCAGCAACAACAUCACCACCACCAUCAACAACAACAGCAACAACAGCAGCAGUACUCAAGAGCUGGCCACUUGACAUCUCAUGUACCUCGACCCCAUUCUAUGCACAGCCGAGUAAUGUCUUAUUCACCUCCAGUCGUUUCCAUACCUAUCAAUCCAGCUUCGGCUGCAUGCUCCUCCCUCUCGAUGGAUGAUGCUUCUGAAAAUAUGGAGGAAGGAGUGAUAUCAAAAUAUGGACAUUCACUCACACCCGACGAGCCUGUUAUACUUGAGGAAAACAGCGACGACUAUGUACCUUGGUCUGCCAACCACCAGCAGAAGUACUCACCUAAUUUCAAGUCUUGCUCUCCCUCACAACAGAGUUCCUAUGUUGAGAUGUACAGCCCCUGCAGCUCUAGCCCCAGCCGAGGAGUAUACAUGCCUAUGAGCCCAGCCACAUGUAUCCACUCACACUCCCGUGCUUCAUCGCUUGUUGAAGAGGGUGGUACUUUGCCUGAUGGUUAUGUGUCUAUGGCUCCUGUAGGUGAUGAUGGCUACGUCGAUAUGGAUCCUGUCCACAACCACAAUGGCCAUUUCCCUGACGAUAUAUCUCAACAUGGAGGCAGUAGUUGUUCCGUUACUUCUGGCACGCCAAGCACGGAUCUACGCUUCUCUGAGUAUCAUCUGGACAAAGUUACCAGUUUUCUAACACCUGGAGAAGAUCUACAAGCGAGACCAACUAGAGCUUACUCUGUGGGAUCAAGGCCAGAGCAAGCCAAUAGACACAGGAAAAACAGAUUGGACAUUACUCAACAAGAUUCAAGCCGAGUACGAGCAUUUUCUGUAGGAAGCAGAUCUAAAAGACCUGAAAUUGGGAGACUUGCUAAAGUUAUUACUGCUCCACUAGUCGUUGGGAUUGAAAAUUCACACUCGAAUAAGUCAAGCUCAGCACCUCUUUUAUCAAGUUCAUGGGGUCAUAAUUCUGGUUGUUCUAUUACUUCUGAACGAAUGGAAGAUCUAAUGGAGCUGGAUUUCACUAGACCCAAUGUUCCAGUUACGAUUUCAUCAUCUCCUUCAUAUUCUCAAUCGCAAUCAUAUUCAACAGUCACUGAUAUCAGUUCCUAUAUUGACAUGUCUCCUGGACAGCUGUCAUUAUCAAUUAUUGGUCCCUGUGUUGACAUGAAUGGACCAAUCAAGAUAAAUCGAAAUAGCAGCAACAACAAUAACAACAAUAACAAUAAUAAUAACAAUAACAAUAUUACUACUGCCAAUCAUAACCACAAUCACAAUCAUUCUUUGGUAAUCUCUACUCAUAAACCAGUUAUAACUCAGAUUUCGUCGAUGUUGAAACCUGUUGAAGAAACGGAAUCGUCGUAUGUGAGAAUGAAUGGGCCUAUAGAAGAUUGGUCUCAUUUACGAAUAAGUCCAAGGCAAAUACCGUCACCGUGUCAUGAUGAUUAUACGCAAAUGAAUGGACCACCUGGAAUUACCAGAACAGCUCCAAUGGACCUACCUCAACCACGGCGGCCACCAGAGGGUUACGUAGAGAUGUCUUUCAAAGCUAAACUCAGUUUUGAGCAAGACUAUAUCAACAUGAGCACAGGUCUUGGACGUAACCAUCGAAGACACCAUAACAAUCGCAAAAAAAAAACUUCUCUACCUAUUGCGAUUCAGGCAGGAAGUAAAUCUUCAAAGACUCCGAACUUUCUACCGCUUAAUGGUAGUCCGACCUCUGACAGUUUAGCAAGUACUCCGGCUUCGCCGCCUCAUGCCACUCCUACGGGUUCCACUGCCACAAUAUUUCCAUUUUCGCUCAACAGUCCGCAGUCGCCCAUUAAACCGUUCACAAUGUCGCAGGUCGACGAUGAUAAGUCUUCUUCCAUAGUGGAAAUUUCAAAUCAAAACGCAAAGAGUGAUUGUGGCACCGUACUACCAGCGACAAGGAAAAUUUCAGCACCAAGUCCAUUACCUGGGGUUGAUGGCUGCCCCUCCUCAAAGAAAGCCCAUGAUAACUUGGAUAAUUAUACGUCUUCGAAUUCGAUUACGAGGCACGUGAGUGGUGUGGUCCACAAUGAAUCUAUCCGACUCGUAUCGAAUUCAAUAGGCUUAAUCCAAGAACCGGUGAUUCCGCUCAGUCCGAUUACGAAGAAAUUAUCGGACUUGACGGUAUCAAAACCGCGACUCGUAACCGCUUCGCCGACGACAAGUCCCACGCCUUCUGGGUUCAAACCAAAGACUCUCGAGGACGUGAUGCCAGCUGUAAUCCUGACGCCUACAGCCAAUCCCUUGGAUAGCGAAGGUUAUGAAAAGCUACAACCUGGUGCGACGCUCCUGCAUUAUGCAAGUCUUGAUCUACCUGAAAUUGCCGGAGCUCCUCCAGUUUCGCCGACUCCAAUGCAAGAAGGUUUCAACUACGCAGAGAUUGAUUUUGCCAAACUCAAACAAAACUAGAAUUAUGCAGACACAUUUAUAUAGAGAUACCGCCGAAUUUCUUAUGUGUUAUUGGUGCUUGACAUUGUUUCGAUCUUUUUGUCGUAAACAAUCAGUCGAAGAUAACGAUUGCGCCUUGUAAAUAGAAAAAUCAUGUAUGUAUCUUAUAAGAAAAGAAACAACCAAGCUUAAAUGAUUCAUCAUGUAUACAUACGAAACGUUUAAUAUACAUAUAUAAAUAUAAUAUUAAUAAUUAAUAAACGCGUAGUACACGAUUUCUUGUUUGAUUUUACUGCAUUAUAAACUGUUAUUCUCUUGAUCU